AGAAAAGCAAACACCCACCAACCCAUUGACACAUAAACAUGAUUACAGAGUAUAAAUAAUCCCACCAUGACCACUAUAAAUAAACCCUACCACCAUUCACCCCAUUGCCUUCAUUUCAUAAUCCAAAUCUCCUUCCGGUGACCAACACGCGUUCUCUCAUGAUGCCGGCAAUGGAACCGGAUCUGGUGAGCCGUGAGAAGGAACCGUUUGUAGAGGUGGAUCCAACGGGGCGAUACGGGCGUUACAACGAGUUGCUGGGGUCAGGUGCAGUGAAGAAGGUGUACAGAGCUUUUGAUCAGGAGGAAGGGAUUGAGGUGGCAUGGAACCAGGUGAAAUUGAGGAAUUUUUCGGACGAUCAAGGGAUGAUCGAACGGCUAAACUCAGAGGUGAAGUUGUUAACGACUUUGAAGAACAAGAAUAUUAUUACUCUGUUUUGGCAGUGGAGAGAUACGGAGAGGAACACGUUGAACUUUAUAACGGAGGUUUGUACUUCGGGUAAUUUGAGAGAUUACCGGAAGAAGCAUAGGCAUGUGUCGAUGCAAGCGUUGAAGAAGUGGUGUCGCCAGAUAUUAAAAGGAUUAGAUUACCUGCACACGCAUGACCCGUGUAUUAUUCAUAGAGAUCUUAAUUGCAGCAAUAUUUUGAUUAAUGGAAAUAUUGGCCAGGUAAAAAUUGGCGAUUUGGGUUUAGCUGCAAUAGUUGGUAAAAGUCAUUGUGCACAUUCAAUACUCGGGACACCAGAAUUCAUGGCUCCUGAGUUAUACGAAGAGGAUUACACAGAGCUAGUCGAUAUAUAUUCUUUCGGCAUGUGUUUGCUUGAGUUGGUGACUCUCGAAUUGCCUUACAGUGAAUGUAACAACGUUGCCAGAAUUUACAAAAAGGUGACUUCUGGGGUUAGACCGGAUGCCAUGAACAAAGUAAAGGACCCUGAGGUAAAGGCCUUUAUUGAGAAGUGCUUAGCCCAACCAAGGGUUAGGCCUUCUGCUGCCGACCUCCUUAAGGAUCCGUUCUUUGACAAUAUUUGUGAUGAUGAUGAAAUCUGACGCCAACUUGUUUUUCACAAGUCAGAUUCAUACACUAAUCGUGUGUCAAAAUGUUUAUAACUUGUCUUUUGGUGUGUUAUGUGGGGACGGCAAGUUUGAAUUGAUUUUUUUUUUUCGCAUGUUUGAAAGGUUAGAUACGACCGUGUAAUAGGAUUUUGUUUUAUGGGGUAGUUGUUUGAUGGUUGGAUCACAACUUGUAGAUAGAUGUUGGAUUGUAUUUGUAUUUGUAUUGUUUAUUUAUGACUAAGGUAUAUGAAUAUGACAUAUAGUUGUUUGAA